CCCACCACCACCACCACCUUACUUACAUUACCAACCCACCGCUCAUCAGUCAAUUAUAACACCACCCCCAAACGAACCCCUCAACAAGAAAUAAGCAACCAAGAGAGGUAAAAAAUGGACCCCCUCGCCCGCGCCCUACAGGCCAUCGACGCCCUCCACAGCGCCGACCCCACCACCGACCCCACGACCGGCACCCCCAACGAACUACACUACGCCCAGCGCAUGACCGCCUGGCUGUACCGCCACACUCCCGACCCAUCUUCGGCCCUCCAACUCGCCAUCCGCGCCCAACACCUCAAACGCUGGGAGGUGCCGCGCGCGACCUACCCGGCCGGCAAAGCGGGGUACUACGCGUGGCGGACGGGGCUGGCGCGCCGGCAAGCGGAAAUGGCGGUGCAGGUGUGCGUGGCGAGCGGGAUCGCCGAGGCCGAGGCGCAGCGCGUCGGGCAGCUGAUCCGCAAGGAAGGGCUCAAGGGACAAGAAGUGGACGCCGAGGCGCAGGUGCUGGAGGAUGUGGCGUGCCUGGUGUUUCUGGAGGAGCAGUUGGAGGGGUUCCAGGGCGGGUAUGAGGAGGAGAAGGUCGUGGCGAUCUUGCGCAAGACGUGGGGGAAGAUGUCGGAGCGCGGGAGGGGGUUGGCGUUGACGGAGGUCAGGUUGGGGGAGAGGGGGAGGGAGUUGGUUGGGUUGGCGCUGGGGGAUUCUUAA